AUGACAGUGACAUACUCACGCAGGGUUGCCGAUGCCCGUCUUGGGACUUUCUCUCACCUGCUACUGCGUUGGAAAGGGAGCAUUUACAAGCUGCUGUAUCGAGAGCUGCUCAUCUUCAUUGUGCUUUACUACUUCAUCAGUGUCCUCUACAGGUUCCUCUUGCAUGAUGGGCAGAGGAGGCUAUUUGAGAAACUUGCCAUCUACUGUGAUCAGUAUGCACAACUCAUUCCUGUAUCAUUUGUACUGGGUUUUUAUGUGACUCUGGUGGUAUCUCGCUGGUGGGGACAGUUUGAGAGCAUCCCAUGGCCGGAUCGCUUGGCACUGUUGGUGGGGGGACAUGUCCGGGGGUCAGAUGAAGGUGCCAGGCUAAUCCGCAGGAGUCUGAUACGUUAUGCCAACCUGUCUGGCAUCCUUAUCUACCGCUCCAUCAGCACUGCUGUCUAUAAGAGGUUUCCCACAAUGCAACACUUGGUACAGGGAGGACUAAUGACAGUAGAGGAACUAAGGCAGCUGAAAGAACUGCCAUCUCCUCACAAUAAAUUCUGGGUGCCUUGCAUGUGGUUUGUAAAUCUGGCACUGAGAGCACGCACAGAGGGACGCAUCAACAAUGACGUCGCACUCUCUGCCAUCCUAAAUGAAUUAAAUACGUUGCGCUCUCAGUGCAUGAAGCUGUACAGUUACGACUGGAUCAGUCUGCCACUUGUAUACACUCAGGUGGUAACUGUGGCUGUGUACAGUUUCUUCUUGGCUUGUCUGAUUGGUCGGCAGUUUCUUGACCCCACUCAGGGCUAUCAGGGCCACAACCUCGACUUCUACCUUCCUGUCUUCACUCUCCUGCAGUUUUUCUUCUAUGUUGGCUGGCUCAAGGUGGCGGAGCAACUUAUCAAUCCAUUUGGGGAAGAUGAUGAUGACUUUGAAACAAACUGGCUGGUUGAUCGCAACUUACAGGUGUCUCUGCUGUCAGUGGAUGAAAUGUAUGACCUGCUCCCGAUGAUACAGAAGGAUAAAUACUGGAAUGAAUCAGAGCCACAGCCGCCGUAUACAGCUGCCAGCGCUGAACACCAAAAACCCUCUUACAUGGGCUCCGCUUUGGACAUCAGUGUACCCAAAGAAGACAUGGAGUUCCAGCCUAACCUGGAGCAGAUCAAGGAGCACGAGGAAGCUAACCACUCCACGCCUCUUCUGGGCAACCUGGCUCGUUUGCUGGGCGUGCAGUCACCUAGUUUUCCCCGUUCUACUACGUCAACUUCUUCUAGGGUUUCUCUGCUCCGUCGCCGCCCUCGUGCUCCUUUUAGCCGCUUCCCUCUCUAUCUCCAUCCUGAAGCCACUGUGAUACACCGCCAUAACCAAAAUCCACCAGAAUAUGACAUGACUGAAUAUGCUUUUUACUCCAUGCCCCUGUACGAGAGACCUGGUUUCUAUAGUUGCCCACAGACACCCAUUCACUGUGUGCCCCCAUCUGUUACUUGUCCCCGCCCGCCCCGCAGGGCACAGGGUGACUUGGCACACAGCACCAGCUCAAAUUCUCACCCUCUGCUCGGCUCACAGUUUCUAUCUCCUGGCACGCCAGGCUGCAUGCCCAGUGCCACAUCCUCAGGCUUUCCUGGAAUGGGAGAAGAAAGCUCUGCGCACCCUUCUGUGUCCAAUUUCUCAUUCCCAGAGCCUGUAGCAGAAAUGUGUCCUCCAAGCAAACUGUGGAAAAAUCAGGCGCUGCUGUCCAAUCGUCCCCCGACUUCUUGUCACUCUAUGCAAACUCCUCCUUCCACAGAUGGACAGUUUGGACCCUUAAGUGCUUGUGCAAUGAGUGGAGGUGGAGAGAAAGUAUUCUCUUUCACUCCUCCCAUACGGAACCCCAUUCAGAGCAGCACGAGCUCAGGGUGCAUAAACACAUCCAGCAACACAAACAAUACCAACAGCAGCACAAGUACCAUGUGUAAUCUCACACAUGGCUCGAGCAGCAGCACAAGACUUGUUAACAGAAGCACCAUGAAAUUGACUAACUCAGCCAGUGCUAUCGCUCCUACUGUUGUACACACAACACAGCAAACAGCCAGUCAGCACAACUCUACCAAGGAUUCUGGGAUCUCAUUAUCUGAAGAGGAUUUACUGGGAGGGAUAGUGGUGCAAAGUGGAACUGGAAUACCCAGUGGGGCGACGUAA